AUCGAUUCCGACUAGCGUCAUGCCGAGGAAGACCGACGCGGGUCGGGACCAUGGCCGGCCCACGAAGAAGCGCAAGCCAGCCAAGCGUGCAGCGUCGACGAGUGAGCCAAGCGCAGCCUUCCUAGCAGCGCUCGAGGCCCAGCGAGCGAGCCACAACACACCGGCGCCCGAGCCACAAUUGGCGUCCGAGCCAACACCAGUGCCCAAAGCGAUGGCAGGGUUCUACUACGACGCCGAGCAGAAAAAGUACUUUCGCGGCAACGCGCCGACAAAGGCGCCGCUUAGCUUACACAAGCUCGUCGUGUCGACGCCGACCGCGAGCUCGAGGCGGCGCUUCGACGGCCGGUCCAACGUCACCACGCUCUUGUCGAUGCGCCAAGUCCGCUCACCGUGGGCACGUCACGACUACGAUAUCGCCCGUCUUGUGUGGCGCAAGACGCCUCGUAUCACGUCGCUCCCGUCGCCCGUGUACAACCCCAUCGACAUGGCAUUUGCCAAUGGCAGGCUCGCCGUUGCAGAUGCUAGCGGCAGCAUUGCCGUAUGCGAGCUUACCGACGUCGGUCUCCAGAACGGCGCCGAGAUUGCGGCGGGCGCUGGGCUGCAAAUGACACGUCUGCAGUGGCAACGAGCCUAUCAAACGACGCCAGCGCUCGGCUACACGGCGCUCGGCGGUGCGAAUCGUCCAGGGUUUCUUCGCGUCCACCGCGACAACGUGCUGCUCUACAACCAAGCGCUUCAGGACGCGUGGUGCCUUGCGUGGCAUCCCCACAAGGCGACGCACAUUGCCGUCGGCGCCACCCACAAGAAGUCGCGGGCCGUGGUACUUGACAUGGAGUACAACCAGCGUGUGCGAGGACCGUCGUCCAACGUGGCGUCCGAUGUCUUUGCACAAGCCUUUCUGAGCUGCGGCCAAGUGCUCUUCAACGGCACGCGCAGUGGCGUCGCCUGGCUCUGGGACCUUCGGUCGCACGCAGUGUGCUUGCAACUGCGCCUGCCCCGCGCGGCGUCGAUCAGCGAUGUUGCGAUCCUCGGCAACGACGUGUCGUGUAUUCUCGGCGCGCGCGACGGUGGCCUCGAGCGCUACGACCUCCGCGCUCUGCGUGCGCCCGUGCUGACCUACGCCGUGCUGACGCCCGCGCAGUCGCAUGCGACGCGUCUCGCCGUGGACGCGACCGAGACGGUGCUGUGCGGCCACGUUAGCGCGCACGAAGUGGGUCUCUGGGAUGUCGACACAGGAUGCUUGCUCUCGCGGGCGCUGGACACACCACGCGACGCACGACUAUAUGGCGUCGCGCUCGAUACUGCGACAUGUGCGUGGCGCGUCGUCAGUGCUUGCGUGACGGCCGAUCGCGUGUCAUCCCACCUGCUGUGUGCAGAGUACAGCGCUACUUCGAGAACAACGACGAGUAGCUAGCGACGAAGGUCCCAAUAUACCAGAGUAUCGCGGUGCAGCAAGUGAAGAGGGCGAGAAGGGUUAAGUUAAAAAGAGGAGGAGACUCG